UUGCUUGGCCCCUGUUUGCUUUCCCUGUAUUUCUUCGUUCUGUUCUUCUUCGGCUCCUUCGUCGCUUGUUCGACUUCGCUCCUCGAAGACGUUACCUUUCUGUUUGAUCGGAAGUUAUGAAAUUUUGAUCGGAAGCAGCGACGGGAGCUCGCUCGCUGUGAAGGUAACUUUCUCCCUUUCGCGCGCUUCUUCGGAAAUUCGGGAUUUACCACGAAAAAGGGGUAAUUUUCCGUCUACGGCCGCUUUCAUUUACCGUGAGAUUUGAUUUUGCAUUUUAAGCCGUUUGGCUGGAUUUCGCUCAAAUCCACUUCAAAUCCGGCAUAAAUCCUGCUACCAAACAGCCCCUAAAAGGGUUUAGGAAAUCGGGAGGGGAAGGAAUCCUACUAGGGUUUUAGCGUGAAGUUAUGAGUUGUGAUGGUUGCAUGAAGGCUUGAUCUUGAAAUUGAAGAAAAGAUUCUUAUUCUAGUUAUUUAACUGGGAAUACAUAUUGCUCAACUUUGGGCGGCAAUUCAUCUCGGUUGCUGAUUCGCUAGAGAAAGGCUUCAUUUCCAGAAUUUCCUCUUCCGCUUCUGUCAAAGGCAAUGGCUAGAUCAGUUGAUCCACCAAAUGGCACUGGAAAUCCUGGAAAGCAUUACUAUGUGAUGUUGCAAAGCCUCUUUGAGAUUGACACAAAGUAUGUGCCGAUCAAGCCAAUUGGUAGGGGAGCAUAUGGGAUUGUUUGUUCCUCUGUGAACAAGGAGACAAAUGAGAAGGUUGCAAUCAAGAAAAUUAAUAAUGUAUUUGAAAAUCGUGUCGAUGCGCUUCGAACAUUGAGGGAAGUGAAACUUCUCCGUCACCUACAGCAUGAGAAUGUCAUUGCUUUGAAGGAUAUAAUGAUGCCGCCUCAUAAAACUUUUAGGGAUGUUUAUUUGGUCUAUGAACUCAUGGAUACUGACUUGCAUCAGAUUAUCAAAUCUCCUCAGGCACUCUCCAAUGAACAUUACCAAUAUUUUCUCUUUCAGUUGCUUCGUGGACUGAAAUACCUUCAUUCAGCAAAUAUACUGCAUAGAGACCUGAAGCCUGGAAACCUAUUGAUCAAUGCAAAUUGUGACCUUAAGAUUUGUGACUUUGGUCUGGCUCGAACAAGCAAUGGGCAAGGACAGUUCAUGACUGAGUAUGUUGUCACUCGUUGGUAUCGAGCCCCUGAGCUUCUUCUUUGCUGUGAUAAUUAUGGAACAUCAAUAGAUGUGUGGUCCGUGGGCUGCAUCUUUGCUGAGUUACUUGGACGCAAACCUGUUUUCCCUGGAUCAGAAUGCCUGAACCAGCUCAAGCUCAUUGUCAAUGUGUUGGGCACCAUGAAUGAUUCUGAUCUUUCUUUUAUUGAUAAUUCUAAGGCUCGGAAGUAUAUCAAGUCACUUCCAUACUCACCGGGCAUAUCUUUCAGUUCUCUUUAUCCCCAUGCAGAUCCCUUAGCCAUUGAUCUACUUCAGAAGAUGCUUGUUUUUGAUCCCUCUAAGAGGAUCAGUGUUAUUGAGGCACUUCAGCAUCCUUACAUGUCACCUCUUUAUGAUCCAAGUACCAAUCCUCCAGCUGAUGUCCCCGUCGACAUUGAGGUUGAUGAAGACUUGGGAGAAAAUAUGAUUAGGGAAAUGAUGUGGAAUGAGAUGCAUUUUUACCAUGCAGAUGAUUCUUCCUUAAAUGUGCGAGAUAUUAUGGAGUGAGAUGUUUUAGUUCUUUCAUUUGGAAAAAAGAUGUUUAACUUCCAUUCAGAAGUUUCUUGACUCAUUGUGUGAAACAAUAAGGUGGAAGGUUUUUAUGUGGUGUGUAUUGUCCAGUUGCGUUACUACUUGCUAGUAUCGGUUGCGGUUGCACUCGACUGUUUAUUUCAUGUAAAUAUGCGUUGUAUUUUUGUCAUUAAGAAAGCCACUUUUUUUUGAAAAUUUUAUUCCGGUGUGUUGCGCGUGGA